CAACCAAAAACGUUAAUAAACCUCGGAAUUCUUCAAUGGUUUUUCCCCAGUCAAUCUUGCCUGCCGGAAACGUGUGCAGUUCUUGUUUCACCGCGUCACCUCUCCUCUUUCUCUCUCUCUAAAGCACACGGCUUUCUCUCUCUAGAAUCAUCCCCACCCCUGUUCCUCAACCGCCAAUCCCACAGCUAAUAGCUUUUCUUCUUCCUUUUCAUAUAAAAGUGGCCCAUCUCCCCCCGCAUAUUCUUGCUUCAUCCCAGACACAUCGAUCCCAUUUGUUUCUAUGCCUCAAAGGAAGAGUUUGUGUAAUAAUAUGGAUUCGAGGGUCGCUGGUUCCGAUGAUUUCUUUGAUCGUUUACCGGACGAAGUCGUGCUUUCCAUCUUCGACCAGUUGCAGGAUGCCAAGUCCUUGUGUUUGUCCAUGUCUGUCUGCAAGCGUUUUCAUUCCAUAAUUCCUCAGGUUAACCAAGUUUUUCUCCCACUCCCUCAGAAGAAAUCAGCGGAGAGAGAAUCGGGUCAAGAAACCCGCAGGGGUUUAUUCAGGAGUGCUGUGAUUCGGGCCCUGAAGAAGCCCUUUUAUUUCGUCUCUCAGAUGAUCAAAUCCAAGCCCAAGAACGAGGAGAACGACCUGGAGUUCUACUCUCAUUACGUGCCCAAUCAAGUCUUGAAGUCUUUUCAGGAAAUUCGUGCUUUUCAUCUCCGUCUGCCCUGCUAUGGAACGCAAAAACAGGGUUUAAAAACCGGGGAGAACAGCAUGAACCCCACGAAUUUCCUGAGGUGGAAGGCUGAGUUCGGGCGGGAACUGCAGAGCUGUGUGAUUCUUGGAGCCAAGUCCUGGAGGGACAAGUCUGAGGGGGAGGAGAAUUCAGUUUACCCAGAUCAAGAAUCGCGGAUUAUGGCGGACGAAGAGCUGAAGCUGAGAAUCGUUUGGACGAUCUCAUGCCUGAUAGCCGCGUCCGCCAGGCAUUAUCUGAUUCAAGAAACGGUGAAGGGGCUGAAAACCAUUGAUAGCAUAGUGGUUUCUGAUGAGAGCAAUCAGGGGAGGCUUUGUAUGAACAAAGGACAGAUUGAGGAGGUGAGGAAGAUGGAACGGAAGGGAGAUGAAUUGUUGGAGUAUAGGAGUAGAGUUCCGGCUCUGAGGAUGAAAAUGUGGUACUUGGAGAGGCUGGAGCUGCCGGAUUCUGGCAAGGUCAUGGAGGGGGGCACCCUGGUCGUCAUAAGGCCGGCCGCGGCGUGUGGUGGUGCAGGGGCGGAUGAGUUGAGAAUGGGCAAUUGGGGCGAUGGCGGUAUGGCGGCGGAAGCGUUUGGUGAGGAAGGAGAUGGGAAGAUGCUUCGGGAAGCUGUCAGGAAAUUGAUGGUUGCCAAGAAAUGUUACACUUUGGAAAUGAAUUCGUUUUGAGUUUGAAGAAGUGAAAUUCUAAUCCAAAUUGGCCGGACCUGAAUCAUUUACACAACACAACACACAUUCUCUGUAAUGGAUUUAAUUCAUCCAAAGCUGUUUUGGGUAAGAAUUUUGAGUUGUACAAUGCUACGUUUUGUUCUUUCAUUCCAAGGUUAGUGAAAGGAAUUGACCAUUCGGUCCAUUUCACAUUCUUGGAAUUGCCUGAUAAAUGGGGUUUCCUGUUGUCCCCCUUUGGUAUAACACCUACCUGUACAUAAUAUGUAUGCAUAUCUUAUUUGUAAAUUUU